CGGGCGUCUCGACGCCGCCGUGGCUCGCUUCUUCCGAAACUAUCCUUUUUCGUAGUAAUCUCCGAACUCGAGAAAAAUGAAUUGCAACGUCUGCCGAGCAUCAGUUUCGACAGUUCUUCCAUCGACGAAAACUCACGGACAAUUGCGCCGAAAAAAUAAUGCAAAACGACUAUUUAAUUGUUGACGCCAUUUGUUAGUUGUACGUUGAAAGUGUUGUUCACGAUUGUUGAAAAAAAGAUCUUAAGUAGUCACUUUUUUACUCGAUUUAUUAUGGCACUUAUAAAGUGUUGUUUCGAAAUCGAUGCUCCCGAAGUUUUCGAAACUGUCGUUAGAAAGUGCACCGACCCCGGCUGCUGUUGCUGGUGCUGUUCGGCCUUACGACCGAGGUACAAACGACUCGUUGACAAUAUAUUUCCAGUAAAUCCUCAGGAUGGCUUGGUCAAAAACAAUAUGGAAAAAUUGACGUUCUACUCGUUGAGCAGCCCAGAAAAGCUGGAUCGAAUCGGAGAAUAUUUAUUCCAGCGGGCAUCCAGAGAUAUUUACAGGAGGAGAAAUGGUUUUGUAGUAAUUGCAAUGGAAGCGAUGGAUCAAUUAUUAGUGGCAUGUCAUGCUCAAACGUUAAACCUUUUUGUGGAAAGUUUUUUAAAGAUGGUACAGAAAUUGCUGGAAUCGACAGACCCGCAAUUGCAAAUUUUAGCAACUCACUCGUUUGUCAGAUUUGCCAACAUCGAGGAGGAUACGCCAUCUUAUCACACACGUUACGAUUUCUUUGUAUCAAAAUACUCUGCAAUGUGCCACUCCAACAACGACGAGUUGGGAAUCCGCAAGCAGAUUCGACUCGCCGGCAUACAAGGGUUGCAGGGUGUCGUAAGAAAAACCCUUUCCGAUGAUUUGGUGGAGAAUAUUUGGGAACCCGUACACAUGGACAAAAUUGUUCCAUCAUUACUGUACAACAUGCAAAAUGCUAUGUACGCCGGGAAAGAAGAUGCAACUCCCGAAAGUCCAACCGAGGAAAGAUCGGAUCCUCCUCAAUUUGCAGAAACUUGUAUGCGCGAACUUGUCGGACGUGCAUCCUUUGGUCAUAUUCGUUGUGUAAUAAGACCAGUAUUAAGGCAUUUAGAUAAUCACCAGCUGUGGGUUCCCAAUUUCUUCGCAAUUCAUACAUUCAGGAUCAUUAUGUUCUCCAUUCAAUCGCAAUAUUCAUAUACAGUCGUUGAAGCAUUGAUGACCCAUUUAGACGAUCAUUCCAAAUCGUCUCCGAAAAUACGGACUAGCAUUGCAGACACGUUAUCGAAAAUAAUAUCGAUUGCUGCAGGCGAGAGUGUUGGGCCUUCUGUGCUGGAAAUAAUAAAUUCCUUGCUCUCUCACCUGCGCAUCAGCGUAACAACGAAUCAGUAUUCUAGCAAUGACGAACAGUUGUAUCAAGAAGCUCUGAUAAACGCUCUUGGAGAAUUUGCCAAUCAUCUUCCGGAUUAUCAAAAGAUUGAAAUCAUGAUGUUCAUCAUGAGCAAAGUUCCGUACAGUCAACCUGAUCGCAUUGUUUCGGUGGGCAAAGGAGAUGUAUUGUUACAAAGUAUUCUCCUCAAGUCACUCUUGAAGGUUGGCACAAAAUAUCAAACAAUACAUUUGAACACGACAUUCCCACCGAGUUUCUUAGAACCACUACUGCGAAUGUCCCUCGCACCGGACGCCGAAAUGAGACUUUUGGUCCAGAAAAUCUUUCAUACUCUCAUCGACAGACAUCGUAAUAUCGAUAAAUUGGCCGUUCCAUCAGUCAAUAUGUCAGAGUUGGACCUCGUGAUCGAGAAAUCCUCACGUCCUGAUCUUAUAUUCAUCCGUAAACACGGUCCUGAAAUAUAUUUAGCUCUCUACGAAUCGUUAGAAUUACCAAGCAAUACGGUUGACAAUAUAAAAGCAAUAUACACGACCCUGGCUCUUUUGGCAGUGGAACUAGCAUCCGAAGAGACUGUUCUCGAGCAGUUACGAUUGGUCCUGAGCCUCCAGGAUCUCGCUCUUACGAGCGGACAGAUAACACCGACCCUGAAGUUCAAUUUGCACGCAAUCGUCGUGAGUCUUCUCGUCCUUAUAUCUUACGUUUGCAACAUCACCUCGCUGAUGGAUUAUGCCAAUAAAAUCGUUGACGGACGUCGCAAAGAAGGCAGUCAUCUUUUGCCAGCGUUGAGAAAAAAUUACGAAAGCGAGUUGCCCACUCGUUUCUCACCGGCACUCUUGAUCGACCAAGCUACUGUAACCGAAUGCUUGAAAAGUGCUGGACUCGAUACCGGCAAAUUCCAGCAGGGCUCUGGAUAUAGCAGCAACUCUUUGCAGCAUAGGCAUUCGUGGGUUGACAGCGCAGGUCGCAGUUCCAUGGCGGACAUCAACACUGGAAAUACGGAACUCGACAGCGGUGGAUCUUCGCCCGGAGUACAAAAAAAAUUACCAGGGGAAGAAUUGACUUUCGAUAGUAUGAAGAGAAUUUUGACAGAGUGUAACAACAACCAAAUUCAGGUUGAAGAGAAACGCGUCGAGCUGUCCGAGUGUUUCAGAAAUGCGCCGUUCCAGGAUCUCGUUACGAAGACCCAACCGAAACACGAUGUUCUGCAGACGAAACUUUCGGAUAUCUUCAAUUCAUUGACGAUCGAAACGAGAAAUAUAUCGCAGCAAGGAAUUCAGCCAAUUGAUUCAAAGCCCAGUCAAAUACCCUCGUACGAACUGCACUUUCCCGAGUUAUUCGUUUACUAAAUCAUUUUGCAGAUGAUUCCUUGUGCAACAACGCUCAUUUAUGUAGACGGGAAGACUCAGGACCCACGAUUUAGGUGUAAACAUAAUUUCAGGAUUCCAGAAGUUAACUAAAUUUUGAGAACUUGCGUUUUGCUCGCGCAUCCUGCCCAAAGCGUUGGAAGUAGCGCUAAAUGACGUAGAGUCCCUCGUGUAAAGCAUAAAAUAUUCUACGAUAAUGUUUUUCACAACAUUUUCUUAUAUCAAAAAACUUUAGCUCUUGGCGGAUUCGAAAAAUACCGACAGAGCUUUAUUGUUGGACAUAAAAAAAUGUCAUAAAAAGCUUUUUUGUAAAAAGGUUUAUGCUCCUUCAAUUCGGUCCCUUCGAGUUUUGCUUCACUACCAACCGUCUCGUUAGUAUGAGCGAUAGAAAAACGCCAAAUCUCUAAUUUUUGCAAUUAAUAUCUGAUCAAGAGUCUGAUCGGUAAACAUCAAUAAACUUCUCGGCUCGGAUUUCGGCCUUGAAUUUAUAUCAAAACUGAUGAACGUCAAUUUUUGGGUCAUCCUGUAAAUAUUUAUUCCGAAGAUACGCUAACACGCGACAGUAAAAGUAUUUUUUCGUUCGCAUUUUGUGUCUGAAUUGUUACUGCACACACUUUAACUCGCGAUGGUAUUUUUAUAUUUAUAUGAUUUUAUAGUGAUGAACAAAGCCUUACACAUGUUACUUUAAUUUAUUGCUUACCGCCUUCAUGGUUUUUCCCCUGUAAAAAAGGCCUUGUCGGGAAAUUGAAUCAUUGUUAAACAAUUAUUUAGAUGAUGUGCUUUACGUGAAGAAAACAAUAAAUACCGUUGAAAAAUCGAUCUAGAAAAGAUCGAUUAAUUGUA